AUGUCAUUUCCUCAAAAACUAAACAGAUUAUUCUUUAAUAGUGGAGUUAUUAUACAAACACCAAAACAAAAACAACUAAUACUAAAUUCUAUAAAAUUAAAAACAAAUUCAUCAUGUUCAUCUAAAACAUUAUUAAUCAAUAAUAAUAAAAAUAAUAAUAAUAAUAAUAUUUAUAAUAAAAGAUUUUAUUCAUCAACAACACCUUAUGAAUUUUUAGAUAGAAAUUUAAAUAAAGUUCAAAAUUUAAAAAAUUAUGAAGAGGCCUAUAAAUCAUUCAAAUGGGAUAUACCAGAAUAUUUUAAUAUUGGCCAAGAAAUUUGUGAUAAACAUGCAAAUGAUCCAAAUAAAAUGAAUCAUAUAGCAAUUAAACAUAUAAUUGAUGAAGAUAAAAAUAUAUCUAAAGAAUAUACAUUUAAAGAUUUACAAACUAAAUCAAAUCAAUUAGCAAAUAAAUAUAAAGAGAUUGGAUUAAAGAAAAGAGAUAGAGUUGGAGUUUUAUUAUCACAAGGAUUUGAAUGUGCAUUAUCACAUACAACAACAUUAAGAUCUGGUAUGAUUACAAUGCCAUUAUUCACAUUAUUUGGUCCAGAAGCAUUAGAAUUUAGAUUAUCAAAUUCUUCUACAAGUUGUGUAUUAACAGAUUUAGAAAAUCUUGAAAAAUUAUUAGGAAUUUUACCUUGUUUACCAAAUUUAAAAAAAAUUAUAGUAUUUGGUACAUUAUCUGAAAAUUUUAAAAAUAAUUCACAUUAUGGUAAUUUAAUUGAAGAAUGGAAUGAUAAAAUUAGUGAAAAUUAUUCAAAAGAAUUUGAAGCAAUUAAAAGUAAAUCAGACGAUGAAGCAGUAAUUAUAUUUACAUCAGGUACAACAGGUAAUCCAAAAGGAUGUUUACAUGCACAUAGAGUUUUAUUAGGACAUUUACCAGGUGUACAAUUUCCACAAAAUAAUUUUCCAAAUAGAAAAUCAACAAAUGAUUAUAUUUUUUAUACACCAGCAGAUUGGGCAUGGAUUGGUGGAUUAUUUGAUGUAUUAAUUCCAAGUCUUUAUUAUGGUGUAACUGUAUUAGCUCAUCGUAUGACUAAAUUUGAACCAAAAAAGAUUUGUAAGCUAUUGAUUGAUAAUAAAGUAGAUACAGCAUUUUUACCACCAUCAGCGUUGAAAAUUAUGAAACAACAAGAGGAGCAAUUAAAAUUAACACCUGUUAAUAUGACAUCGAUUGGAAGUGGCGGUGAAAGUUUAGGUGAAAAACUAUUACAAUGGGGUAAAGAACAAUUCAAUGUUGAAAUUGCAGAAUUCUAUGGUCAAACCGAAGCAAAUCUAUUGGUUGGUAAUUGUCCAUCAGUUUUUCCAAUCAAGAAUGGUUCAAUUGGUAAGCCAAUACCUGGACAUAUCGUUGAAAUUAUUGAUUCGAAUGGUAUGAUUUUACCAAUUGAUCAAGUUGGUGAUAUUGCUUUGAAAACACCAGAUCCAGUUGCAUUUUUAACUUAUUGGAAUAAUGAUAAAGCUGCUAAAAAGAAAAUGAAUGGUGAUUGGUUAGUAACUGGUGAUUUGGGUAGAAAAGAUAGUGAUGGUUAUAUUUGGUAUGUUGGUAGAGAUGAUGAUAUAAUCAAUUCAAGUGGUUAUCGUAUUGGUCCUUCAGAAAUUGAAAAUUGUUUAUUAAAACAUCCUUCAGUUUCAAAUGUUGGUGUGGUAGGUGUACCUGAUGAAAUUCGUGGUGAAAUAGUAAAAGCUUUCAUUGUUUUAAAUCCUUCCUAUUCUAAAUCUGAUCAAUUAAAAAAAGAUAUUCAAAAUUAUGUAAAAACAAUAUUAUCUGCUCAUGAAUAUCCAAGAGAAAUUGAAUUCAUUAAUGAAUUACCAACUACUACAACUGGUAAAAUAAUUCGUAAAGAUUUAAGAUCAUUACAUAAUAAAAAAUAA